AUGGCUAGCAGCGGCUCUGGCAAAGCUACCAGUGAGGCAUCCACCCCAAGCAGCAGUGCUUUGCAGAGGAAGAAGCUUAUCUCCAUCUGUGACCAUUGCAAGAUCAAAAUGCAGCUGGUGGCAGAUUUGCUCCUGCUGUCUAGCGAGAGCCGACCUGUCAACACUGAGAGCCUGUCAGCCUCUGGGGAAUCUUUUGAGAAGUGCAGGGACACGAUCAUAGCUCGGACAAAGGGCCUGUCCAUCUUGACUCAUGAUAUCCAGAGCCAGCUGAACAUGGGGCGGUUCACCGAGGUGGGGGACAUCCUGGCAGAGAUGGGGGAUCUGGUGGUCUCCUUGACCGAAUGCUCUGCCCACGCUGCUUACUUGGCGGCAGUGGAGACUCCAGGCGCACAGCCUGCUUCGCCUGGCUUGGUGGAUCGCUACAAGGUCACCAGGUGUAAACACGAGGUGGAACAUGGCUGUGGGGUCCUGAAAAGCACCCCGCUGGCUGACAUGAGCCCUCAGUUGCUGUUGGAGGUGUCCCAGAAUAUGUCCAAGAACUUGAAAUUUCUGACCGACGCCUGCGUCCUGGCCAGUGAGAGGUCCAAGGACAAGUUUGCCAAGGAGCAGUUCAAGUUGAGUGUCAAGUGCAUGAGCACCAGCGCCUCAGCCCUCUUGGCCUGCGUCCGGGAGGUGAAGAUUUCACCCAGCGAGCUGACACGGAAUCGGUGCAUCUUGUUCAGCGGACCUUUGGUGCAGUCCGUCUAUGCUCUGGUGGGCUUUGCCACUGAGCCCCAGUUUUUGGGCAAAGCGGCUACCAUCAAUCUGGAAGGCAAAGCCGUGCAGACUGCCAUUUUGGGGGGUGCUAUGAGCGUUGUUUCGGCUUGUGUCCUCCUCACCCAAUGCCUCAGGGAUAUCGCCCAACACCCCGACAGUACCUCCAAAAUGACUGAAUACAGGGAAAGGUUGAAGAACUCUGCCUGUGCCAUCUCUGAUGGUUGCAACCUGUUGUCUCAGGCACUAAGGGAAAGAUCUUCCCCCAGGACUUUGCCGCCAGUGAACAACAAUUCUGUGAAUUAAUGUUUUUCAUUUUGCAUAUGAUGGUCACUACUUAUGGAAAUGUACCCAGGUCUCCUCUCCCUGCUCUGGUUUUGUAGAUACCAAAGAAUUUGUGUGAGCCCAAACCUUUGAUUUCUCAAAAAUUUAAUUCUUUUGGCAUGGUGGGGCAACAAAGCUACACAUUUAUUCUGUGUGGAAAUAAUCAGCUUUCAGUGGCUGACAUUUUGGGGCAGGAGGUCUUUUUUUUAAAGUAAACCUUCCUUAUAAUUUACUUAAAACACCUACAACAAGUUAAACAUUUCAUGAGGUAGGAGAAUCUUUUUUAAAACAAGAAAAAGCUUUAAUCGUGCUGGAUGCGGUUUAAAAAAAUUGGUGAGGGUCUAGUUUUCCUUUCUUUUUUGUGUCUUCCAGAGUUUCUCUUCUAAAUUUUACUGUUCAGUUGUGCAGGAAGAAAAAAAAGUUACCUCAGUUUUCAUACAGUUUGAAAGAUGCGAAACUUUCAAGGAUGGAUGUAGCUACUUUUUGUGUUGUCAGUUGUUUUGUAUGAUCCCUUUUGAAUCAAGUGUUAGGUUAGAAGUGCAUUUGCUGUGUUGUGUGGAGGAUGGUUGUAAUCUCCAAACUUGGAGACGGGAAAGCUACUGUGAGUGUUUUUAAAAUGGGGGAGAGAAAUUACACUAUAACAUGAAAAUGAUUUGAGAAGGGUGUUUUUUCAGCAUCAGGUUUUUUUUAAAAAAAACAACAACAACCUUGCAUGUACUGGAGUAUUUAUUUCAUCUAUUAAAAUGUUAUGUUUCUCA